AUGAAGUUUUUAAAUGGAAAGGUGUUUAGGGCUGCCUUGAGGGAAUAUGCAGUGAAAAAGUUUGUGGACAUUAAGUUCAAGCUUAAUGAAAAGACCAAAAUUUUUGUCCACUGCAAGUAUGAAUGUGGUUGGAGGGUAUAUGCAUCACAGAUUUCAGGGGAGUUAACCUUUCAGAUAAAGACCAUGGUUCCAACUUUUUCUGGUGUAAAGCAUCGAGUUAUGCAGGAUGUGUCUGUGGACUUGAGCAUAAAUCAAGUGUACAGAGCUAAAAGGAAAACUAGAGAGUUCAUACUAGGUGAUGAGAGGUUGCAGUAUGGGAAGCUUAGGGACUAUGCAGGGAUGAUAAGAGUAACUGAUGUGGGGAGCAAGGUGAUUUUGCAAACAGAGAUUACUAAGCCUAACACACAACCUAAGUUCAAGAGGAUAUAUGUGAGAUACAAUGCACAGAAAGUUGGAUUCUUGGUAGGGUGUAGGCCACUUGUAGGAUUAGAUGGUUGCCACUUGAAGGGCAAGUUUGGUGGACAUAUAUUAUCAACAACUGCAAGGGAUGAGAAUGACAAUAUUUUCCCUGUUGCAUUAGAUGAUAUUGGAAGGCCAGAUGAGCUGAAUAUGGUAUUCAUUUCAGAUAGGCAGAGGGCAGAUGAAUUGAAGGCUGCAUUAUGGAGCUAUGUUGCAGCAACAACAGUUAAGGAGUUUGAGAAGAGAAUGCAAGAUAUGAAGGAAUUGGACAAAGAAGCAUGGGAGUAUUAA